AUGGCUACUAAGGAUACUAAUUGGGAUGAUAUGUUGUCGAUUGUUAAAGUACAACAGCAAGAAAAUUAUGAACUUCUAUCAGAUUGGACAAAGUAUAAUAAAGAUGAAUAUAAGUACUUGAAGCAGAAUAUUGGAUAUGCAUGCUUUGGUCCUCCAACAGAAUGUAAAAAUUCUGAUGGAGUUAAGGAAACAGGUAAUGUACUGUACAUUGAAAGCAAAGAUAACAGUAAUUGUAAUGUUACUGAUGCAUUAAGCUAUACACAAGAAGCACAGAAAGUCAUAGAUGAAAUAUACAGCAAAGUAUAUGAAUUUGGAAAUGGACGUGUGGAUGACGAUUCCAUCUAUUAUGGAAUUAUCUUUAAUGUAACAUUUCGUGUCAAAUGUAGUUCACUCCAAAAGAAAGAAGAAAUAUGUGUGCGACAGACACCUGUUUUUAAAAUAAAAAGGUUUAAAAAUGUAACAAAGAGAGAAAAUGUAUGUCAGAAAGAGUUGGAUUUUUAUGAAACAUGGUUCAUUGAUAUGUUCGGCAGAGUAUAUAAAAGUUGGACAGAUUACAAACAAUAUAAUACCUUACCAAAAUGUACAAUGGUUCUUCCAAAAGAUGGUUUCUAUCAACCUGAUGAAGAAUAUGAAAUUUCUGAAGAAUAUUCACAAGUAUGGCUAGAAAUUGUUGAUUCCCCUGCAUGUAGCACUGUUGCAAAAGUUUUUCAGGCGACAGAUGUUGCCUCAGCUGUAAUAGGGAUAGCUGGAGUUGGAGUCGGCGUUGCAUCUAUGUUAACACCCAUUGGACCUAUAAUAUUAGGAGCAACAACAAUUGCUGGAGGAAGUAGUGCUGCAUGGUCAUUUGGUCGAUCUGUUCAACAUUUGGUAGAUCGAAGGAAUCAUAAGGAAAGCAUUAAUCCUACACAUGACAGAAAUGCAUUCUGUUCAUGGUUAGCUAUAACUGGUAGUGUAGCUGGUGUAGCAGCACAUGGAGGAACUGCUCUCCUUUCAAGAACGGUUCGAAAUGGCGGUCAUGUAAGUCGGACUGCACAGGUAGCAUUGAAUUCGGUAAUUUUGAGUAAUGUAGGCAUUAAUGGCAUUGGCAUAGCACAUAUGGCAUAUUGUAUGUAUGAAAAGUACCAAAACGGAGAAGGAGUUAGUUCUUACGAUGCAUGUGUCUUAACAGCUCAUAUUUUGUUUUUUGCUAACGCUGUUAUCAAUCUACAGUUAGCCACAGAACUCAUUAAGUCUACAAAAGGUACAAUUUUAGAUGAACAGCGAGCUAAAGUACGUGCCAAAAAUCUCAAAAAAAGAGCAAACCCUGAAGCAAAACGUAAUGCUGCUGCGAAUAAUAUAGAGACAGAGCAGGAUAUUCCUGAAAGACUGCAGUAUUUGACUAAAAAGGCAGAUGUACAGCACAUACACAAACGUGGUAAUAUUGUCAUACCUAUGGUUAUGACAUUUGAAAAUGGAAAGACACGUGUUGAUAAUAAACCAUUGUUAGAUCCUAUGGAUUUUGUAUUAACAUCACUGAAAAAACCCCGACGUAAAAUGACAGCUUAUAAAAACUUGGAAAUAUCAGAAUCUGAAGAAAAUGAUUUUAAUUUGUUCUUUGUUUUAAGAGAUUUGACAUUGAUAAAGUUAACAAAUUUCUACUCAAACAAUGGUAACAGAAAUGCAAUUGCUCCAGAUAUUGAUGAAUUUAAUGACAUUUUUAUGGACAUGAAAUUUUUACAAAAUGCUACAAAUAUGCUUUCCUUAAUAUUUGAAGGAGCUACCAUGUUAACAGAACAAGUUGAAUCUGUCAGUGACUGUUUACUUGAAGCAGUUUAUUUCAUUUGGUAUUAUGUAAAGGAAAAUUUGAAAAAAAUUUUUUCAAUCGGAUCUUAUUCUGUAAAUGAUGAGCAAUCUCAGAAAAUAAUACACAGCUUUGUAAUGGUUCUGUCUGCGAAUUUGAACAGACUAGUGAAAGAAUUGACGCCUACUUUCAAGUAUUACUUAUGCAAAAACUCGUAAUACUAUACAUGAAUGUUUUUAAGUAGAUUAGGAUAAUACCCAGAUAGCACAUGACGCCUUGACGACGCCUAUUUUACGACUAUUUUAGGUCUAAGGCGCCUUUAUGCCGUCUUCAAGGCGCUGUGUGCUAUUUGGGUAUAGAAUUACCAACAAUUACCAAGGAUGGUAACAAGAGAGACCCAGCGUCGAAGCAGCCGACAUAAGUUUAAAUGCCCGCGUAUCGGUGAGA